AAAGUACUAAGCAAAACAAACGUUAGCCUACAUGUGAGGGACUCAGAAAUUGAAUUCCAUAGCCAUAAAAUAAAUUAUUUUUGACUAUUUCUUUUGUAGUUAAGAAUAAUAAUUAAUAACAAUUUUCACCAAUAUGACCGGAUUGACAUAGAUGACAAAUAAUUGCCGAAAGAUGUAAUGAAAACGUUGGAGCAGUGUUUUCUCGAAUGUUUAAAAGAUUAUCAAUAUGAAACACAACAUCUGCAUGGUAUCUGAUUUCUUUUAUCCAAAUAUGGGUGGUGUUGAAAGUCAUAUCUACCAGUUAGCACAAUGUUUACUGGUAAGAGGUCAUAAGGUUGUUAUUGUGACACAUUCCUAUGACAACAGAAAAGGUGUAAGAUACUUGACUAAUAAUUUGAAGGUAUACUACUUACCUUUUGGCGUGUUUUACAACAAAGUUAUACUGCCAACGAUGUAUUCAACAUUUCCAGCUUUACGAAACAUUUUUAUUCGAGAAAACAUAUCUAUUGUACAUGGACACUCAGCAUUUUCUACGCUAUCCCAUGAUGCAUUGUUACAUGGCAAAACAAUGGGAUUAAAAACAGUAUUCACGGAUCAUUCCCUUUUUGGUUUCGCAGAUGUUAGUUCUAUUCUCACAAAUAAAUUUCUUGAGUUCACACUUAGUGAUGUCGACCAUGUGAUAUGCGUUUCAAACACGAGCAAAGAGAAUUCCGUGUUAAGAGCCUCACUGGUACCUCAAAUUGUAUCUGUUAUACCAAAUGCUGUUGAUGCAUCAGUAUUUACACCAGAUCCUUCAAAACGACAUCAAAAUAAAAUAACAAUUGUUGUGGUUAGUCGAUUGGUUUAUCGCAAAGGAACAGACCUGCUAGCAGGAAUAAUACCAGAAAUAUGCAGACGAUACAAAGAUGUGCAAUUCCUUAUUGGUGGUGAAGGUCCAAAGAAAAUAGUAUUGGAAGAAUUACGUGAGAAAUAUGAACUUCAUGAUCGUGUUAUUUUACUGGGAGAACUCAAGCAUAAGAAUGUCAGGAAUGUGUUGGUGCAAGGAGAUAUUUUCAUCAAUACAUCUUUGACUGAAGCUUUUUGUAUCGCCAUUGUAGAAGCAGCUUGCUGUGGAUUAAAAGUUGUCAGCACAAAUGUUGGUGGUGUGUUUGAAGUAUUACCUCCAGACAUGAUCUACUUAGCGGAACCAAGUAUAAAAGAUUUGACUCGUGUUAUUGAUGAAGCCAUACGUGAUUAUAAAGCUGGUGAUAUCUUACCUCCAACUGAAUGUCACGAGCGAAUAAAAAAUAUGUACACGUGGAAUAAUGUGGCUUGUCGAACAGAAAAGGUUUAUGAUGCGAUUGUGUGCAACACAAAUGACACAGUUAUGGAGCGCUUAGAAAAAUUUCGAAAACGUGCUCCACUCGCAGGAAAGAUAUAUGUAAUCCUCGUCGUGAUAGAUAUCAUCUUGCAUGUCAUAUUGAAAUGGCUUCAUCCUAAGCAGGGAGGAUGAAGUGUCACGUUACAAGCACGUCACAAGCACGUCACAAGUACGUCACAAGCACGGCACACAAUAUUGUUGGCAAUACUGCUAACUUCAAGAAAAUGUUGCUGUUGAUGAGAGUCUUUGGAACGUUGCCGUUAAAGUUGUUUUUGCAAAACAAAACGUCAGCCAGGAAAGUUGUCUUUUUUUUAGGUUGUUAAAAAUUUUUAUUUUAAGAAGAUCGUAACGAAGGGCUGAUGCGUAGUCCUACCAUUGAAGACACGACACAAAACGGUUGUGGCUGUUACGAAAUAAAUUUUUCUUUGAAGAAACACGCGAGAGACAUUCUGCUGUAAUAGAUCACAUUAGCAACAUGCUGUUUCAACUGUGCUGGUAGUGUUGAAGAAGGAUUAGAUUGACAAUGAAGUUUUCAAUGUAAUAAAUUAAAUAAUAAAUUAGUAAGUUUAGAAAUGAAAGAGUUUUUAACUA